AUGUCGGGAGAAGACUUUACAAAAAAGAAGCUCUGGGGUGGUCGUUUCACGGGAGAAACGGAUCCGGUUAUGCAUGCGUUUAACGAAUCGCUAUCGUACGAUAAGCGCAUGUGGGCCCAGGACAUUCGUGGGUCACAGGCCUAUGCGAAAGCACUCGUCGGCUGUGGAAUUUUGAGUGAAAAGGAAGCAGAAGAAAUUCGCGAGGGACUUGCUCGCGUGGGAGAAGAAUGGAAAAAAGGCACCUUCCAGGCAGCACCCGAGGAUGAAGACAUCCACACAGCGAAUGAGCGACGGCUCAAAGAACUUAUUGGGCCUGUGGCAGGCAAGCUACAUACGGGACGUAGCCGGAAUGACCAGGUCGCAACAGAUAUGCGCAUGUGGCUAUUGGAUGAGGUCGAUGCACUUGUCGCGCUCAUGGCAGACUUGUUACGUGUCAUGGCCAAGCGAGCGGAAAAUGAAGUGGAUGUAUUGAUGCCAGGCUACACGCAUCUUCAGCGUGCACAACCAAUUCGCUGGUCUCACUGGCUUUUGUCGCAUGCGACGUACUUUGCAUACGACUUGGACCGUCUGCGCGCGAUGCGUCCACGAGUCGCGAUGCUUCCGCUCGGGGCGGGGCCGCUGGCUGGGAAUCCAUUUGCUGGCUUGGACCGAGAAGCUCUGGCGAAGGAGCUCGGCUUUGACGUCGUAGGAUCGAACAGUAUGCACAGCGUCUCAGACCGGGACUUUAUUGUUGAGAUGAUGAUGUGGACAUCGCUCUUUUCUGUGCAUGUCAGCAAGAUGGCCGAGGACCUCAUUAUCUAUUCGUCGUCGGAGUUUGGGUUCGUGCAAUUGAGCGACGCUUACAGCACCGGUUCAUCCAUCAUGCCGCAGAAAAAGAACCCAGACAGUUUGGAGCUGCUCCGCGGCAAGAGCGGGCGCCUAUUCGGGCAUUUGAGUGGAUUUAUGAUGUCGCUCAAGGGCAUCCCUUCUACGUACAACAAAGACCUUCAAGAAGACAAGGAGCCGUUGUUCGAUGCUGUGGACACGACGAAGGCGUGCGUACAGAUCCUAACGGGCGUCUUGAGCACUAUGAGCAUCCAUGCUACGAAGAUGCGUGCGGCACUGACCACAGAUAUGCUAGCAACUGAUUUGGCGGACUACCUUGUACGCAAAGGAAUUCCGUUCCGUGAAACGCACCACAUCUCGGGCUCGGCCGUCAAGCUUGCUGAGGACCGCAAGUGUGAGCUAUCCGACCUUACGCUCAGCGAGCUGCGUACGCUCCAUCCCGCAUUUGAGGACGAUGUCAAACUUGUCUGGGAUCCCGAACAGAGUGUGGAGCGCCGAAAUGCCAUUGGCGGUACCAGUCGCCGCGCUGUUCACGAACAGGUCCAAAAGCUCCUAGCGCAUCUUCCCUAA